GUGUGUAGAGUGUCCACUAUAAUUUUGUAACUGUGAUUCAUUGGAGGCACAGACAGACAGACAGAGAGUGAGUUUGUGACAAAUCCUCUGUCGUCAUCUCAACCUCUCUGCAUUUGUGCGUUGCAUUGCACAUCUCUCUCAAAACUUUGUUCUGGCUCUGUGACUCUUACUAUUUUCGUGUGUCUUGCAUUUGGAUCAUUAUCUGUCACCUGAGAAACCCACCUCAGAGAUUCACCUAACACCCCUUCUUUUGAUUUUGAACCCCUUCCAUUUCAAUCAAAACCUCUCUCAUCGUCUUCUAUUCAACAUACAAUUCUACCCUUUUCUUCACUCUGCUUUUCUGACAAAAGUGUUGGUUGAACUUGAUUCUUUCUUCAUCCAUUUAAUUGGGAACCAGCGAAAGCACGAUGGGAGAUGUGGCAAAGGACCUAACAGCUGGGACUGUUGGAGGGGCAGCACAACUGAUAGUUGGACACCCAUUUGACACCAUCAAGGUCAAGCUCCAGAGCCAGCCAACACCACUCCCCGGCCAGCUUCCCAAGUAUUCUGGUGCAAUUGAUGCUGUCAAGCAGACGGUGGCAGCUGAAGGGCCAAGGGGUUUAUACAAGGGUAUGGGAGCCCCACUUGCCACAGUAGCUGCCUUCAAUGCUGUCCUGUUUACAGUUAGGGGACAAAUGGAAGCAUUACUGAGGUCGCAUCCCGGUGCUACCCUCACAAUAAAUCAGCAGGUUGUUUGUGGAGCUGGAGCUGGAGUUGCUGUUUCUUUUCUAGCUUGCCCAACUGAAUUGAUCAAAUGCAGAUUGCAAGCACAAAGUGUGCUAGCUGGCACUGGAACAGCUGCAGUGGCAGUGAAAUAUGGGGGACCCAUGGAUGUGGCCAGGCAAGUUCUCAGGUCAGAAGGGGGCGUAAAAGGUCUUUUCAAGGGCUUGGUUCCCACCAUGGCUCGCGAAGUACCUGGAAAUGCUGCAAUGUUUGGUGUAUAUGAAGCAUUAAAGCGAUUACUUGCAGGUGGCACUGAUACCUCAGGACUGGGUAGAGGUUCUCUGAUGCUUGCUGGAGGUGUGGCUGGAGCUGCUUUCUGGCUCAUGGUUUACCCGACUGAUGUUGUUAAGAGUGUGAUUCAAGUAGAUGAUUACAAAAACCCAAAGUUCUCUGGUUCAAUUGAUGCUUUCAGAAGAAUUUCAGCUUCUGAGGGGAUCAAGGGCCUUUAUAAGGGUUUUGGUCCUGCAAUGGCCCGAAGUGUUCCUGCCAAUGCAGCUUGCUUCUUGGCUUAUGAGAUGACAAGAUCAGCUCUGGGAUGAAUAAUUCAUACAGCAGGCUUGAUAGGAGGGGUGCCAUUGGGUGCACAUGUUUCCUUUUCCUUUUAAUUCCAAAAACAUUUCCAUUUCAUGCAUUGCAAUUACAAUAUGGCCACAAAGGCUUAACUUGUUAUUGCUUCAAGGAAUCAUUCUUUCACCCGUGGUAAUAUGCAUGCAGCCUUUUUAUUUCA